UCGAAUGCGACCAAAAGAUAUCAGACGAAAAUGUUGUUAGCAUCAUUGAUCGAGCACUUUUGUCGUGCGUAUGGUGAUACCCCGGAUGCCAACCGAAAAGUGUUUUUUCUUAUUUGUCAAACACUGCGAUCAUUGGGUAUCAUUGAUGCGGAAUUUAUGGAUGAAAUGGCUAGUGUGCGCUCUUCUUUUCAACAGGCGUUCCAUAAACUCUUCUUCACUGCCGUUCAAACCGUACGAAAUCAAGACCUUAUGCAUCCAUUCAUUCAUGGUGGUAAUUUGAGUGUACAAAACUCUCGAUAUAAUAAUGAUUUUGUCGAAAUUAGUUUGCUGGGAAAAGGAGGUUUCGCUAGUGCCUUUAGAGCUCGUAAUAAAUUAGACGGUAUUGAUUACGCAGUCAAAAAAAUUCGUUUGGGAAAUGAUAUUGAAGAUAACGGUCAGGAGGGUAAUCCAUACGAGAAAAUAUUUCGAGAAAUUAAAAACUUGGCAAGACUAGAGCAUGUCAAUGUGAUUCGAUAUUAUUCUUCUUGGCUGGAAUACGAUGAAAGCUCAAAUGACCCUACAGAUACUUCAGAUUGGGAAGACGAUACGUCAAGACAUAAGAGUUUUCUUUCUACAGACUCAAGUAGUAGUGUAUUUGGUGGUGGCUGGACUUUAUUUAUUCAGAUGCAAUUAUGUCCAACUACCUUACACGACUACAUCAAACUACGUAAUAAAAAGUUUUCUGAAACCUCAAGUUAUGGUGACCUGCUAGACAAGAAGCGCAAUAUUGAAAUAUUCUCUCAAAUCUUACAAGGCACGGCUUACAUCCAUGACCAAGGUUUAAUCCAUCGCGAUUUAAAGCCCAGCAAUAUCUUUCUCACAUGGGUGCCCAAAAUUGGUGAUUUUGGCUUAGCCGCAGAAGCCAUGGAUGAAGGAGAUGGAGUACUUGUACCUACGCCCAUGUCAUCCACACCACCCAGCCCAAAAAUACUUCCUAAAGACGAUUAUUUGGUCGAAAAGAUGAGAAAGAGUAGUGUACAUGAUGGUAGACCAAAGAGACCCAAGCCAAAGCGUACACGUACAGUGGGUGUAGGCACUCGAACUUAUGCCUCACCUGAACAAUUAGCGGUUCCAGUACAGCCGUAUGACGAAAAAGUGGAUAUCUAUUCGUUAGGCAUUAUUCUUUUUGAACUGUUCCAGCCUUUCGCCACUGGUAUGGAACGAGCAGACAGCAUCGAGAAAUUAAAACAUGGUGUAUUCCCUGAUGGUUUUUUGGAGCUGUAUCCUAAAGUUUCAGCACUGAUCAUCUGGAUGAUGGAUGAAAAGCCCCAUCAUCGACCUACAGCACAACAAUUGUUGGAGUUUGAACUAUUCUCACAUCCCGACGAUGCG